UCUGACGUCAUUUCCGUCAAUUUCAACAUCGCGCCGCCGGUAGCUUAUAAACAGCCUCCUCUGCACGCUUUGUCGGUAGUCUUUGUCCGUCUUCUUUGUUGGUGAAGGUUGAACAGCGCCAUGGGUGAUAAGAUGGACAUGUCUCUGGACGACAUUAUCAAGAUGAGCAAGAAAGGAGGCGGAGGUGGAGGUGGAGGCCGCGGGAGAGGAACGUUCGCCCGGGCUGGAGGCUCAGGUCGAGGCGGCGGGCCGUCGAGGCCGGCGCGGGGCCGACAGAGCAACUUCAACCGAAACAACAGAUCCACGCCGUACACGAGGCCCAGAGAGUUGCCUGAUAAAUGGCAGCACGAUAUGUUUGAGGAGCAUGUUGGUGGACGUGCUGGAAACAGUGGUGGAAACGGCGGAGGAAACAGUGGUGGAAAUGGCGGAGGAAACGGCAGCAAGCUGCUGAUUUCCAAUCUGGACUUUGGUGUCUCUGAUUCUGAUAUCAGGGAGCUGUUUGCUGAGUUCGGAGCGUUGAAGAAGGCAUCUAUACACUAUGAUCGGUCUGGUCGCAGUAAAGGAACUGCAGACGUCCACUUUGUAAAUAAGGCAGAUGCACUGAAAGCCAUGAAGCACUAUAACGGCGUACCGCUUGAUGGCCGCCCUAUGAAAAUCCAACAAGCCACUUCAGAAUUCGACACACAGAACACACAGAAUACACAAGGCUCAAACAAAGGUUUUGAUCGGACUAGGCUCGGUCAGCCCAGGGUUGAAAGGCGGCGAGGAGGAGGUGGUGGUGGAGGCGGCGGUGGUGGUGGAGGUGGAGGUUUUAGAGGCCGUGGGAGGGGAGGAGGAAACAGACCCCAGCUUUCUGCAGAGGAACUUGAUGCCCAGUUGGAUGCCUAUAAUGCUGAGUGUAAGAUGGACACCAGUUAAAAGGACUCUGAUGGGAUGAUGCUCCCGUUUCUUUUAUCAUUUUUUUUAUUUUGGCUAAUCAGAUGUGAUGGAUCAGACCCUUGUGUUUUAAAGACAUUUUGUAUGGACCAUUUUUUUGUUUUGGGUGUUAUUUUCAAAUUUUCUCUUUUUAUAACCAUAAAACCAUGUUAUCAGGAUUCAGGAACUGUUGUUGCCUUAAACCUGUAAUGAGAAUCUUUGUUCUCUUUUUUUUUUUUUUGUAUAAACAUGGUUGAAUGACAGACUUCUGAAUGUAAAUUUAAAAACAAAAAAAGUUGCAUUUUAAUGUACACUGGUUCUGUCACUCAGUACUGUAUAUUUGACACAUGGACACGUUCAAAGGAUUUUGUACAUAAAUUCAUGAUAUUGAGUCAUCUUUAGAAAAA